AGUUGCCGAUCUGAGUGACUGUGAAGCGGUGGGAAGUAAAUGCCACACCCAUGCCGAGUGCCUCAAGGCUAAAGGCAAUAGCUUUGUAUGUGUGUGUCGGUUUGGCUACCAUGGAGACGGACUACUGUGUGUGGACAUUGACGAGUGUGUUACCGGCCUCCACGGCUGCCACCCAAAGGCCCGUUGCUUCAACACACUGGGCAGCUACAGCUGUGUGUGUCUGGAUGGCUACUUCGGCGACGGAGUCCAAUGUGAGGAUGUCAACGAAUGCCAGACGAAGAACGGCGGCUGCCACCCCGGUGCCCUCUGUACGAAUAGAGAAGGAGGGCGAGACUGCAAGUGCAAGGGAGGCUUCAAUGGCAAUGGGUUUCAGUGCACGGACAUUGACGAAUGCACAAACAGUGGCAUCUGCCAUUGGAAUGCCACCUGUAUUAACAACCCUGGCUCCUAUGUGUGCACCUGUAACUCAGGCUAUAAGGGCAAUGGGAACUACCUGUGUCUGGAUUUAGAUGAGUGUUCAGAGACUCCCGGUGUAUGCUCGGCCUCCUUUGGCUACAAAGGCUGUAAGAACCUGCCUGGAUCGUACCAAUGCACCUGUAGUAUUGGUUACCAGAGCAAUGGGCAAACCUGUGAGGACAUUGAUGAGUGUGCUGGUAACAUCUGUAGUUUCUAUGCUGACUGUGUCAACACGCUGGGCUCGUACCGCUGCGCCUGCUUCGAUGGAUUCAUUGGGAAUGGGCUGGCAUGUAGGGACAUCAAUGAGUGUAAUGGGGAGAAUACAUGUGACCCCAACGCUGCCUGUGUCAAUGUGCUGGGCAGCUAUGACUGCUCCUGCCGCACUGGAUAUCUAGGGGAUGGAAGGAAGUGCACCGACAUCGACGAGUGCGCCACCCUUAAUAUCUGCCCUGCUUCGGCCGCGUGCGUCAACACCAGGGGGUCGUUCUACUGUGACUGCGGCACGGGCUACACCUUUAACGACUCCAAGUGUAUGGACCUGGAUGAGUGUACCAUCGGGCGCUGUAGCCCCUUCUCCACCUGUGCCAACUUCCCGGGCUCCUUCACCUGUGAGUGCAGGGCAGGGUUCAGGGGCAACGGCAUCACCUGCGAGGACUUGGACGAGUGCUCCUUGGCACAGCAGUGCCACUCCAAUGCCCUCUGCACCAACCUUGCGGGCACGUUCAACUGCCAAUGCCAGGUAGGCUACUCCGGGGAUGGGGCGAUCCAGUGUGCGGACGUGAACGAGUGUCUGGUGGACAACGGAGGCUGCCGGAAUAAAGCCACCUGCGUCAAUAGUAAAGGUUCCUUCUCCUGUCUGUGUUCGCCUGGGUUCAACUUGGUCAACCGCACCACAUGUCAGGAUAUAGACGAGUGCCAGGCCAUGGAGAAGCCAUGCCACCUCAAUGAACGCUGCUCAAACACUGAGGGGGCGUAUGAGUGCCCCUGCCGGGUGGGCUUUGCCCGCCCCACAGCGACCAAGGCCUGUACGGAUAUCGACGAGUGCAAAGUCAACAACCCCUGCCACGUCAACGCCACAUGUUUGAACACAGUGGGCUCCCAUACCUGUACCUGUAAGCACGGAUUCAUAGGCAACGGCUCCAGGUGUGAGGAUGUGAACGAGUGUGCUGAAGAAGGCACAUGCCACUCACGGGCACUGUGUGCCAACAUACCCGGGGAUUUCUCCUGCUCCUGCCAGCAGGGCUUCUUUGGGGAUGGCUUCCGGUGCCAGGAUGUGGAUGAGUGUGCCCUUUCCAACGCCGCCACCUGUCCCCCCAUCUCAAAGUGUGUCAACUCCCCCGGAGCCUACGUCUGCUCCUGUAUGAAUGGCACAGUGGCCUAUAAUGACACCUGUGUGGCCCCCAGUCCCCGGUGUGCCCCUGCCUGCCACCGUCAUGGGCUCUGCCACCGCUCGCCCGCUGGCUUCCAGUGUGUGUGUGACCUAGGCUUUGAGGGGGAUGGACUCGCCUGUUCGGAUAUAGAUGAGUGUCAGAAGAAUGUGUGCCCUCAGAAUGAGACAAAGUGUGUGAAUAUCCCAGGCUCUUUUUCCUGUCUCUGCAAAGUGGGCUACAGACAGAACGGGACAAACUGCGUUGAUGUGGAUGAGUGUGUGUCUGAAGACAAGGAGUGCAGUGAGUUUGCCCAGUGUGUGAACACAGUAGGGAGUCACCUCUGUUUCUGUCUCAGUGGCUUCACUGGCGAUGGGAAGAACUGUUCUGACAUUGAUGAGUGCCAAAACCAAAAUGGAGGAUGCCACCCCAUUGCCAGCUGCUCAAACACUGCCGGAUCACACAACUGUAUCUGUCCGUCUGGCACCGAGGGCACUGGCAUUGAGUGUCAGGAUGUUGACGAGUGUGCCGACAACUCCACCAAGCCCCACAACUGCAGCCGCCUGGCCCAAUGCAACAACACGGACGGCUCCUACCUCUGUCUGUGCCAGGAGGGGUACCAGGGGGACGGGUUCGUCUGUGAGGACGUGGACGAGUGUCUCUCACCCUCCACCUGUGGGAGGAACUUGACAUGCCACAACACCCCCGGGGGGUACAACUGCACCUGCAUUCUGGGACUAGCCUACGAAGCAGGCACGUGUGUGAGCGUGGAGAACUGCCUGAACGCCAGCCGGGCGUGCCACCCUCACGCAGCGUGCCACCACACCAAGGGCUCCUUCUACUGCCACUGCCAGGGUGGUUUCCAUGGCAACGGGGUGGCCUGCUGGGAUGUGGAUGAGUGUAGCCAAUCGGGGCGGGAGUACUGCCCGGAGUUCUCCUACUGCUUCAACACAGAAGGCUCCUAUACGUGUGACUGUUGGGAUGGUUACCAGGACAAUGGGACACACUGCAUGGAUGUGGAUGAGUGUGAGGCGGGGAACUACACCUGUCCUGACAACAGCACCUGUACCAACACAGAGGGCAGCUACCGCUGCCGCUGUGAUCUGGGCUUCCUGGCUAGUAACAACUCUCAGUGUCUGGAUAUUGACGAGUGUGUCUUGGGGCUGGCGCGAUGCCCGGAUAGCUCAGAUUGCCAGAACACACCCGGCUCCUUUGUCUGUAACUGCUGGGACGGUUACCAGGGCAAUGGCACAGGCUGCCAGGAUAUCGACGAAUGCCUGGACAACUCCACCUGUCUUGAGAACAGCACCUGCGUCAACACCUAUGGCAGCUUCCUGUGUCCCUGUAACGUAGGAUUCCUCAGUAUAAAUGAUCGGUGUGAGGAUAUCGAGGACUGUUCGGACCCCGACCUCGGGCCGCUUUGUAUCAACGGAACAUGCAUGAACACCAUUGGUUCAUUCUUCUGCUUAUGCUACGUGGGCUUCUGGAGCAACGAUACUGAGUGUGUGGAUGUGGAUGAGUGUUCUGAGGUGUAUUCCAACUCCUCUACCUCGGUCUCUGUCUGCCAGCCCUCCUCCACCUGUAUCAACCUCCCUGGCUCCUAUCAGUGUCCCUGUAAUAGUGGCUUCCUCCUGAACGGCACAGAUUGCCAGGAUGUAGACGAGUGUAGCGACCCGGAGGGCGCCCCCUGCCCUGAUCACUCCGUGUGCAAAAACACUAUUGGCUCCCUCCUUUGUCCCUGUCUGGACGGGUAUGAGCCAGGGGCAGAAGGCAAUGACACGGUGUGCGGGGAUAUUGACGAGUGCCUCUUUAAUACCACAUGUCGCGUUGACCAGGUGUGCACUAACUUGCCCGGGACGUACCACUGUGACUGUCCCGGGGGGUACCAUGAGGAUGUGGGAGCAUGUGUGGAUACGGAUGAAUGUGGGAAUAGUAAGGGUGCCGAGGUGUGUCACCCCUCGGCGCGCUGUUGGAACACUCCAGGCUCCUACACAUGCCUCUGCUCCCAGGGCCACGCGGGCAACGGCACCUGGUGCGAGGACGUGGAUGAGUGCUCCGUCCUGACGGCGCCCUGUCACAAACGCGCCCUCUGCUACAACACGCCCGGGUCAUUCCUGUGUGUGUGCCACCCAGGACUCCUGGGCAUCGGGGCCCUGUGUGUGGACCUGGACGAGUGCCAACAGAACAAUGGAGGAUGCCACUCUGCUGCCACCUGUUCUAACUCUGCGGGGGGGUUCCAAUGCCACUGUGCCAGUGGCUGGGAUACCAGGGGGGAGAGAGGGGGGCAUGGGGACAGAGGGUGUGUUGACCAGGACGAGUGUGUGUCGCCCUCGGCAUGCCCCGCCCACACGUCCUGUAGAAACUACCCAGGGUCCUUCAACUGCUCCUGUGCCUCUAACAACACUGUUUGUAUUGAGCUGGCUAAGGAGAGUGAUUUGUACCCGUUUGGUGAUGAGGUGGGAGAUAUAGGAGUGUGGUUGGACACAAAAGAUGGGAACUCUCCUUACAUCACACCACCUAUGGGUUUCCCCUUCAUAGGCAAGUUGUAUGAUCGGGUCUAUGUAAGUAUCCACAUCUUUACUCACAACUCUGAGACUGGCAACCCUGAACUGAAGACAUUCUCGGAUAAUGGACUCAUUCAGUUCCAGUCUAUCAGUCAGAACGAGCAGUUCCUGCUUCCUGUCCCUUUCCCUACGGGUUUCCGUGGCAACGAGGGCCUGGCAAUGCUGGCGGUGUUCUGGGACGAUGCUGACCUCACCCUCGGGGAGGGGAAGCUGUUCUAUCAGGAAUACCACAAGCUGAAUAUGUCAGAUAGAUAUUCCCAAAUUGUCUUCAGCCGUACAGCGGACGAUGUGACGCGGUUUGAGGAACGGAACGACAAACCUGCGUUCACCCCAGCCUGGAUUCUAAAGAUCACUUGGGAUCAUGUGAUGGCUGUCUCCUAUCAGAAAAUCAACUACUCUGAGGCUAACACCUUCCAGUGCAUCCUGACUACGGACGGGGAGCGCUCCUUUGCUCUGCUACGCUUCGGGGAGAUGUACUGGGGUCCUGGCCAGAGGAUCCACCAUGACACCCUCACUGGCUACACCGACGGUGGAGCCCACUUUUUCAACGAGACCACGGAUCCAACAAAUCUGUUUGGCCCAGGGGGGCGGUAUAGACCUCAGGAGGUGAAGGGGAACACAGGUCAGCUGGGUCAGCUGGUGUAUGACCUGACAGGGCCCACAGAGCGCGAACAGGACCCGAAGAUGAGGUGCCAGGUGUGGGCCCUAAAGGAGCCCGAGCCGAAGGAGUGGGCCAAGGGGGUGUCCUCAUGCCCCUGUACCCGCGCCCAAGCACUGGAGGACUUGGCCUUCGGGCCUGAGACCCUGCCCCCCAACCAGCAGGAUCGGGUACGGGUGACAGAGCUACGGGGGCUACGUUGGGGGGGCAGUGGGGGUCACGUAUUCCAGUCCAUCCUGUCCAAUCGGCACGGCUCAGGGAAGAGAUGUGUGUAUGACCCACAAGGUCCCCUGUUGGCUGGAUACAGUGAGCGCUACUUCUCUGGAGCCACUGCACAGAAACACAUAGAUGAGGAUCUCCUUCCGUUCCAGUGGUGUUGUAUCCAGUCUCCUCUGUGCCACCUCUAUCUGGCCAAGAGACCCCUGGACCGUUGCCAAGGUUACGGCUGGGUGAGCCCCGACUGCUGCAUAACCGCGGCCAAGGCAACACAGGGCAUUGGCAUGGUGUACGGCAGCCUUCAUUUCAUCACCUUCGAUGGGACUGAGUACUCCUUCAAGGCCCUCGGCGAGUUUGUCAUUGUGCGCCUCUCCUCCUACACGGGCUCCAAUAUCUUCACGCUGCAGGGUGAGAUGUGCGAGCUGAAGACGGACAGACAGGCUAGACGGGUCCCCACGGUGGUGAGGAUGGCUGCUUUUCACCAGGGCAUCGGCAAGGUUGAGUGGCGGUGUGCAGAGUCAGGAGAGGGACUGGAGGUCCUGGUGGAUAAUGUGAAGGUCCCAGUCUUUGUCGGUGUGGUGCACAUGGGCAAGGAGGGUUUUGCGGUGCGCUGUACUUCGGCCAGUAGCUGUGCGGCAGUGUACGCCGGGGGGCUCCACGUGGUGGUGUGGAGGGUGGGUGGAGGUGGUGGUGCACAGCAGUUGGCCGCCCUGGUGGAGGUCCCCCAGACCUUCUACAACCGCACAGUGGGCCUCCUGGGCUUCUGGAGCUCCAACCGCACCGAUGACUUCCUGCAGUCAGACGGGAAGCUGAUGAUCUCCCCCAAGAGCAACCUUCCCCCGGAGGAGAGCCUGCGCCAAUUUGGUCUGUCCUGGGCUGUGCCCGUUCCAGAGAGCCUGCUCUUCUCCAUCCCACCCACUGGUCGAUUUACUCUAGCCUCGACAGAGGAGCUGAUGUCAGUGAGUCCAGCUGUACAAGACAGACUGAGGAGGACAUGUCAGGGCAGUUUGCAGUGUGUUCAUGACAUCCUGGCUUCUAACGACACUGGACUGGGUUUGCAAAGUCUGGAGUCCCAGGAGCUGUACCACAAGCUGGCUACGGUGUUUGGGAACAUGCCUCCCAUAGUGACUGAGCCCACGGUGAUCCGUUGUAAGGUCAAAUCCACCGUUCGCGUGCAGAUCAGCACUCAAGACUCCAACCUAGACCCUAUAAGCUUCUCACUGCUCUUCCCCAGACCACCACAAGCAUCUGUUGGGAAAAGUGAUGGUAUAUUGACCUGGACACCACUCAACAUCCAGCCAGUCUACCUGACCAUCAGAGUUGAUGACCAGCUGUUGAGCUCUCAGUUCACCCCCAUCCUGCAGGUGUGCAACUGCCUCAACGGUGGCACCUGCCAAUAUAACAGCAUAGUGGACAACCAUCUGCAGGGGAGAUUUCUGGUGGUAGGGUGUCUGUGCCCUAAGGGUUUCAGUGGGAAAUUCUGUGGGAAUACCACCGACGUGUGUAAAGGGAAGCCUUGCUUCCCAGGAGUGCAGUGCCAGUCCCAGGGAGAGCCAGACCAGUUCACCUGUGGAGAGUGCCCCUCACCCACCAUCUACGGGGACAAGCAGGGAUACAAGUGCUUUGAGAAUGACCUCUGCCUCCCUCCCUUCCCCUUUCCCUGUCACACGAUGGCCGACUGCCUCAGCUCAGGGUACAACUACACCUGCAGGUGCAAGCCUGGCUUUACUGGGGACGGACGCAACUGCACAGACAUAAAUGAGUGCCUGGACCCAUCGGCCUGUCGUAACGCUAAGUUUGAGUGUGUGAACACGCCAGGGUCCAUCCGAUGCUCCUGUCGCUACCAGAGCACUGAGGAAACCGAUGGCUGUGGGGACUCUGCCAAUCCACCAGGGUUCAAUGUCUUCAACGUGUCCUUGGGCUGGAGGAACCAGGGUUCUGGAGGAGAGGGGCUGAGGCAGCUGGAGGAGAUUCUGUCAAUGGGCUUCCAGAACAAGUUCUACAACGCUGUGACGAAACGGCCGAUGCAGGGCUCAGGUCUGGAUGAGUACAGGAUCAACGUGUCCAGUGACACACCCCACUGGUACAUCAGAGACUACCUGACCCGCGUCAGUGCUUACUACAGCAUCAAAACCGCUGAAGUUGGAGACUUGGAUGAGUGUAAAUCAAAUGAGGCUGUGUGUAGGCAACCUGCUCUUUGUGCCAACACUUACGGAGGGUACAGGUGUGUGUGUAACGGGACCACCGACGUCGACUACACCCAAUCCUGCAUUUUAGUAGACAUGGGUGGUUUGAACAGGACGGAGAUAGCGGUGGCCCAGAUGGCGGAGGAUAAGAAGCCCCUGAUCCUGGGCCUGGUUUUAGGCAUCGGGAUCCCUGUCCUCCUCCUACUGUCUGCCCUCGCCUGCUUCUGCUGUUCCCGCAAGAAGACCAUCACAGGAGAAAUUCCUCAAUUGUUACCCGAAUAUGUUCAGGAGCAGUACAACCCUCCGCCCUUCAACUACUCGGACCCGGCUCUACACUACAACGUCCACGUCAGCCCGCGCGUCAUCGACGACCUUACACCCAGGAAGCAUCGCAGUACAAACUUCACACACGCUUGACAGCGCUAUUAUGAUUCUACAUGUCAAAAAUAAAACAAAGUAAAUAUAUUAUUUGUACCUGUAAUAACCAAUUGCUUAAAGCUGAGGGACUUUCAAAGUCCAAUGUAUUUCAGAAAAGAAGAAGUGGACACAGAGAGAAGCUACGCAUAUCUCGUGCUGUGAUUCUGACAAGCACUCCUAGCAAGUACAUCGAAGAAAAGGCUGGACGGCUCUGGGCGAGGGAACUUAAUAAACCCGUAGACAUACAAACAUGGAGCCAUUCAUGUGCCUUAAGUAUUUCCCAUGUGACACCUAAUGCUUUCUGUUCAUUAUUUGUUAUCAUAGUUAUUAUAUGCAUGUGUAAAGCACAUUUGUAUUCAUAUUACAGCGUGAGCUUUGCCACAUAUCUGUACAUGCAACGGAUUAACACAGAGAAGAUUGUAGUCAUUUCAUUUAUCAGACAACAUGUUGUGGUCCAUCAGCUGUUUUACUUUAGAGCAUAAUGUCUACCGCUUUGUGUUGGACUUCGCACUGUGGUGGAGGGUACUGUAGGGUUCUGAGUCUUGAUGGUUAUGAAGAAACAGAGAACGAACGAGAAGCACUUGAAUCCAAUUCAAGGUUUCCUUAACGACCGGUCGGUAAGAGUAGUAUACACCGAGCAUACAAACUUUGUCAUACAUGGGUCUCAAACACCCUUAUAUAAGUUAUGAACGGCCUGUCACCAUUAUCCUGAGUGGAGAGCUCAAAAACCAAACCUCAUAUCGAUCUACAAGACCAGAGAGAGUCCGCGGCUACAGAGAAGUCGCAGUCAUGGCUGGGAUGGCGAGGCAUCGGUGAGACGCCUUGUUUACCACAUCCUCCCUCUACUCAAGCCAUGUGGUUCCCUCUUGACUGUCACUCCAUCUUUUGGUAGCUUGAAAUCUUUUUAAAAAAACGUUAAACUCUGGCUGAAAAUAGUAAUCCAGACCCGAAUCUAUUUAGCUGUUUUAUUUGAUUCUUGUUUGUUCAGCUUUUUCAAGCGCUUUGAGACUCAUUCUGUAAUGAAAAGCGCUAUAGAAGUCAAAUAAAUUAUUAUUGUCAUGUACAUUGAAGAGAGGAGU